AUGACAAAAUUAUCAACAAGAAGAAAAUCAAUUAGUUCUAAUUUUUUAACAACAACUUUAUCAUUAACUAAUUCUACUACUACUACCACUGAUAAAAAUCCAUUUACAAGUAAUAAUCCAUUAAUCAAUCAUGAAGAUUUGACCAAUAAUUCAUCAUUGAAAACAAAAUCUUCAUUUUCAAAUUUAGAAGAAUUAUCACAAGAUCCAAUUAAAUCUACAACGAAUAAUAAUGUAUUACAUGAAACUAUUUUAAAUAAAUUUAAUAGAACGAGUAAUGGUAAAAUAUAUGAAAAGGAUUUAAAAACUAUAUUUGCAUUAUUAAUAAUAUCAUUAAAUUUAAACUCAUCAACAACAAAUGACACAACAACACAAGAUUCAUCAUCAUCAUCAUCAUCAACAUUCACUAAAAAACUCAAAUUAUUCCCAACUACAUCAUCAACAAAAUAUCCAUAUUCAUUCCAUUUUCAAACAGCAAUAAAUAAAAUGGAAAAUUUAAAUUUAGAAAUAGAAUCUCAAAAUACAAUUACUAAAAUAUCAUAUAAUUUUAAACCAGAUAUUUCAAAAAAUUUAAUUAAUCGAUUUUAUCAAGCUCAUUUUUUACAUUCACCAGCAGAUAGAACAAGAAAAGAACCUAAAAUGGGAGUAUUAUUACAACCUACUCCAAAAGGUUUACAAAUUGUUGAAUCAUUUUGUAUUAAAAUUGGUCUUAAAUUAGAUAAAUUUCCUUUAGUGAUUAAUGAUUCAAGUUUUAAUUCAAUGAAAUUAUUUAAUUUUGAAAGAGAUUUAAUAAGUGAUAAAAUUAUAUAUUCGAAAUCUUUUUUAAAAAUUUUGUUCAUUAAACUUAUUGGUAUAAAACCUAAUUACUGGUCACCAAAUAAUAAACCAGAUAUUAUAAUAAAUAAAAAAGUAUCAAUAGAGUCUAAAAAUCAACAAAAAUCAAAUCAAAAUUUCAAUGAUGAAAAUUUAACUAAAAAAUUUUUAAAACCAAUAUCACCAACUGAUCAUAAUAAUAAUAAUAAUAAUGAAUUAACACCAAUAAAUUCUUCAUCAAGUUCUUCAUCUACUUUAAGUCCAGAUACAAAUAUUGGAGGUUUUAGUUUUGCAAAAUAUCAAGAAAAUAAAAUACUAGAAGAAUCAAAUAAAACACCUACCACUACUACAAAAACAAUUGAGUUGAAAAACUCGUCAUUAACAUCUACAGAACCAUCAAAUAUAACUUCCCCAUUUUAUCACAAAUACUUUCUGAAUCCAGAAUCAGAUUCACAUAUUCAAUAUUACGUAUCAUCAGUAGGUGUAAGAUUAAUUAAAAACAAAAUUAUCGAUGGUUCAUCAACAACAACAACAGACAAGAAAAAUUUAGUAUUAGAUUAUUGUAUAAAUGGUAAAGCAAUAAUACAAUGGUUAAUGGAUUGUACAGAUUUAAUUCAAGAAAAACACGCUUUGGAAAUUUCAAAUUUAUUUAUUAAAGAGGGGUUAAUAAAAGUGGUAUUAGUUUCUGAAUCCAAUCAUCAUUCACAAGAUUUCCAUCGUGAUAAUUACUAUCGUCUUACAGAAAAGGGAUUAUCAAUAAGUUCAUGGGGUAGAUCCACUACUGAAACUCCUCAAAACCCAACAUUAUUACCUAAAAAGAUCAAUUCAAUAAUUAAACAAAAUAUAACAUUAGAUUCAAUAAUGAAAGAUCCAGCAUUAAAAUUUCAAUUUAAAAAUCAUCUAGUUAAAGAAUUUUGUGUUGAAAAUUUUGAUGCUUAUUGUCAAUUAGAAAAUUUUUUUAAAAAAUUACAAUUAUAUAAAGAAUUAAAAAAUUUAUCCAAUAUUGAUCCAAAUUUCACAAAGAGAUGUUUAAAUCAAAAAAAUAUAUGUAUGUCAUUAUCUUAUCAAAUUUUUAAUAUUUUUAUUAAUGCUGAAUCUUCAUGUAUGAUAAAUAUAGAUUAUAAAUUACGUUCAAAAAUAAUUAAUUUAUUAAUGAACAAUAAUAACAACCAAAAAGAUGAUGGAAGUAUUAAUGAUUCAAUAAAGUAUUUACAAACUCCAAUAGAUGAACUCAAGAGAUUUGAAAAAUUUGAAGAAUUUGAAGUUGAAGGUGAUUUAGGUGAAGAUAUUAAUCAAGAUCAAUCUGAUAUAAUUUUAGAAGAAUUAGAACAAUUAUUUAAACAAGUAAGUGAUCAUUUAUAUAAAUUAAUGAAUAUUGAUUCAUUACCUAAAUUUUUAAAUAGUUUAAAUUAA